UGAUGUUCAUGGCAACAGAUUUCCAUCUCCUCAGCCUCAGGCCCAACCCUGCUACCCCAGCCAUACUCAGAGGCUCUGGAAAUCUUACCUGGAGGAGACUCUUCUGUUACCACCAAGCCAGGAAAUUUCGUGACUAGAGUCUCCUGAAGAAUUUGGGAAGACCCAGAGGAAGUCCACCUCCCUCUCUCCUGCACCUGGAGUCUCCCAUGUCCACGGAGGCCACGCCCACCCCGCCCUCAGGUGGCAUCAGCCCAGGAUCUGACCCUGGACUGGCUCACACUGAGUUGCCUCUGGCCAGUGCAGGGCUCAGCCGGGGUUGGCUUCCAGCUGACAGUGGUAGGAAUUAAUUCAUCUGACCGAAAUAUUCUUUUCUCUUCUGGGCUGUUGGUUUUUCAAGUGCAACAAAGAUUCAAUACAGCUCCAAGGAGGGAGCCAAGAAAAACAUUCUGUGUCAAAGUGAGGCCCUGGAAGUGAAACCCUGGAACAAAGCCGAAAAACGGGCUCCAGCUGGGUGCCAGCAAACGCAGGACUGGAAUGUGACUUCCGGCAGCGCGCAGGUGCUCCUGGGUCACCUGCUUUGAGGUCCAGCCUCCUGCCCUGCCCCGGGUGACCACAUGACCACUGUGGACUUUGCCCUGACACCUUCUGGGAGGAGAAGAGGCCUGACCUUGGUGCUGGGGUCCAGUGGGCAUUGCCCUGGUCCAAGGCUGCUGCUCUUGACCUCUGCCCUGCGGCUGUUUUCCGUUGGAGCAGAGGCUCCUCCUGUCCUGUCCUGCCUGUGGAGGGAAGCAAACCUUCCCCUGGACCAGAGACAGGAGAAAGCGGAGACAGGUAGCAACGCUGUGGACUGGUGAUGACAGGCUCUUCAGCUUCCUGCAAGUGACCGGGCCUGGGGAACAGGGCAUGGCGCAGGCACACAGGACCCCCCAGCCCAGGGCUGCCCCCAGUCAGCCCCGUGUGUUCAAGCUGGUUCUCCUGGGAAGUGGCUCCGUGGGUAAGUCCAGCUUGGCUCUUCGGUACGUGAAGAACGACUUCAAGAGUAUCCUGCCUACGGUGGGCUGUGCGUUCUUCACAAAGGUGGUGGAUGUGGGCGCCGCCUCUCUGAAGCUUGAGAUCUGGGACACAGCUGGCCAGGAGAAGUACCACAGCGUCUGCCACCUCUACUUCAGGGGCGCCAAUGCUGCGCUUCUGGUGUACGACAUCACCAGGAAGGAUUCCUUCCUCAAGGCUCAGCAGUGGCUGAAGGACCUGGAGGAGGAGCUGCACCCAGGAGAAGUCCUGGUGAUGCUGGUGGGCAACAAGACGGACCUCAGCCAGGAGCGGGAGGUGACCUUCCAGGUACCGCCCAGGAGACCCUGCUCUGCUCUUCCACAGGAGGAGAGAGCCCUGCCCGCCUGUGUCAAGACCUUGGCACUCACACUUUCACACACGCACACCCACACCCGCACACACACAUGCGCACACACACCUCUACACGCCCACACGCAUUUUCACACAUGCACACCCCCACAUUCACUCUCACUUGCACCCACACACAUUUACAAGCGAGCACACACACGUGCACACACACACACACACACACAACUUCCCACCUGAGUUUCUCUUUUAGUCAAAGAUUUCUGGUCUUUCCUGAAAAACUCAGGCCCAGUGCAAUGGCAGUUCAAGCCCAGUGGCGGAGGAGCAGGAACAGGUGGCCAGCAGAGGGAAGGGAAGGGCAGGGCAGCGGCUGCAGGGUGGGCUCGGCUUGAAUGAGAAAAGUGGUCUAGUUCCUCAGCAGGGCUCCCUUCCCCACUUGGUUCCCAGAAGGGGCCUCUGUGCGUAUGUAGCCUCCCUCACCCGAGUUUUGUCAGUCCUCCUUACAGGCAGAGGCAGCGGUCACCCAGGUGUUGCUGUUGUCUCUCUUCCACGGCAUCCCACCUCCCCCACCACGUUUAGGACGAACACCAUGUAAACAGCUGCAGACAAGUGGCUGAUGGGGAGACCCCACAUACACUACAGGCUGGCGCAGGGGAAGACCAAACUCAGGGCUUAGACUGACGGGCGCGCCUCCCAAAGAGAAAAGGCCCCAGCUUCAGUGGAGGCUGUGGAGAGAUGGAGAAGUGGGGUGAAGAUUUUGGAGACUCUCGGGGGCGAGCAAGGGGAGCAAAGGGAGACAGCGGCAGUCUGAGCCCUCAUUGCAGGUUGGGAUGGGGGAGGAGAGGGUCCUGGCAGCAGAGCUGUGCCCUCUGAGAGUGACUAGAUGGGCUGUGUGCUCGGGCAGACACAAAAACACGGGCAUGAGGUUACUCAAGGCCUGGAGGGGCAGUGGGCAGCCAGGGUGGGUUUGGAGCGUCUGUCUGGGGAGCUGGCUGAGGAGCUCAGUGGGGACGAAUGCAGGGCUGGCCGAGGGAUCUCUGGGCCAGGACAGGAGGAAUGCAUUCACGACGGUGGGUGGUGCGAGAGCUGGGGGCAUGGCCGGCCACACCUGCUGCCAGCUCCAUGUCCGGCUGGACAGUCAGGCGCCUGAGCUGUGCCCUCUGGGAUCCACCACCGGCUCCUCUUCCUGGGAGAGUUCCGGAGGCUAGGGGAGGAGCCUGCACAGGAAGGCCCCCAUUCCUCGGCCACCCCCGACUCCUGGGCAAGGCUGUGACCUUCCCAUGAAUGCUGUCUCCUGGUCACCCGUUGCAAGCCUGCUGUUUUCCGGUUUGCCUUUGCUCUGGGACAUCCAUUUCUCCCCAGAGGAGAGCUGUGUUGGAAAAUGAGGGUUCCCCAGAAGAAGGGCCCAGGUGGGUGCCGUCCAGGGGCCUCCCUCUGCCUCUUAUGUUUCCUGGGUUCUCAGUUGGUUCUUUGCCCAGCAUCAAAGCCCACAGGUGCCCACAGGCAUGGUGGGAGGGGAGCCUGGGGGUGGGGACUUGGCUUUCCAGGCCCUGCAGGAGGAGGAAGGCCGCCCCUGGCCAGCUAGAGGAAGAGCCUCUUGCAGGGGAGCACACCCCGCCCCUCCCUGGUCCUGGCUGCUCAGGAGUGCCAAGAAACACAACUUAGACACGAAACGUGGAGGGGUGCGGGCUCCAUGGCUGCGGCUUUCUCGGGUCUUACUGUUGGAAGUGAACCAGGUGUCCUUAGGAAACUCUCUUAUAAACAACGCUGGAUUUUG